AUGGGUAACACACUCUCGAUAUUCGGAAAGCUCUUCGAUGGGCUCUUCGGCAAGAAGGAGAUGAGAAUUUUGAUGGUCGGUCUCGACGCUGCCGGAAAGACCACCAUUCUCUACAAGCUCAAGCUCGGUGAGGUCGUCACGACCAUCCCGACCAUCGGCUUCAACGUCGAAACCGUCGAGUACAAGAACAUUCAGUUUACCGUCUGGGAUGUCGGCGGUCAGGACAAGAUCAGGCCUCUGUGGAGACAUUACUUCCAGAACACCCAGGGUAUUAUUUUUGUAGUCGACAGCAACGAUCGCGACCGUGUUGUCGAGGCCCGCGAAGAACUCCAGCGCAUGCUCAACGAGGAUGAGCUCCGCGACGCCCUCCUGCUCGUCUUCGCCAACAAGCAGGAUCUUCCUAAUGCCAUGAACGCUGCCGAGAUCACGGAUAAGCUCGGCCUUUCCAGCUUGAGGCAACGCUCCUGGUACAUCCAAGCCACUUGCGCUACCACUGGUGACGGUCUGUUCGAGGGUCUCGACUGGCUGUCGACCGAGUUGAAGAAGAAGAGCCCUUAA